AUGGCUCCUGUGCGUAUCCUGGUGGGAAACAGGGGCGAGAUAGCUGUGAGGAUCCUUUCGUCUGCCCGCGAACUUGGCCUCCACACCAUUGCCGUCUAUACAGAAGAUGAUGACGCGCACGUGGCACACGCCCACGAGGCAGUGCAGCUUCCCUCGGCGUCCUCAUACAUGGACCCGUCGCACCUGGUGGCCGUGUGCAAAGAGCACCACGUGGACGUCGUACACCCCGGAUACGGGUUUUUGUCCGAGUCCCCUGGCUUCUGUCGACAGCUGGGGGACGCCGGCGUCGCCUUCGUGGGCCCUAGUGCCGAACUUCUCAUCAGAACAGGCGACAAGCUGAGUGCGAGGAAGCUGGCGGACGAGUGCGGUGUGCCAGUCCUCCCGGCCCUGACUGAGCCAAUUGAGAAUCCCGAGGCACUGAGGGCGUUCGCGAAUGAUGUAGGCUUCCCAAUCAUGAUCAAGGCACUCGAUGGCGGGGGCGGCAGGGGCAUCCGCCUUGUGCACCGGGUAGAAGAUCUUGACUCAAGCUUCCGCAGAGCCGUGAACGAGAGCCCAAGCAGCAAAGUCUUCGCCGAAAAGGCCGCCGUCGAUGGCUUCCGUCAUAUCGAAGUUCAGAUCAUCGGCGACGGGAAGGGCAAUGUCCGUCACCUUUGGGAGCGCGAGUGCUCGAUACAGCGCCGGUUCCAGAAAGUCGUCGAGAUCGCUCCCUCGACAGUAUCGAACCGUGCGCUGAUCGCUUCCGUCAUCGAGGCUGCUGUGCGCAUGGCAAAAGCCAUCAAGUAUCAGUCGCUUGGUACAUGGGAGUUCCUCGUUUCGCCAAAGAGCUCACAGUUCUAUUUCAUGGAAAUCAAUCCUCGACUUCAAGUUGAGCAUACCGUGACCGAAGCAACAUGUGGUGUCGACUUGGUCCGGUGGCAGCUGCUUCUUGCCCUUGGCAAAAGCUUCCCGGAUAUCGGCCUCGAGACAUCACUCAAGCACGCUGACGCCAAGAACCCACCCCAGUUCUACAUCAAUACAGCUCAGGGUCCCGACUGGGAUGCCACAGUCGCCAAAGCCGAGAGAGCGUUGCAAGAUGUCUUGAUCGACGGUGUGACGACAAACCUUGGCUUGCUCCAGGGCAUUGUGCGGUCUGCAGACUUUCGGAACGGUCAAUUCGAUACACAAUGCCUAGAAAAACACCUGGAAACGCUCGAGACCUCGAGCCGAGGACUUCCGAAUUCCACUGGCAGAUUUGCGUCUGGCUCUGCUGGCCGAAUCAGCCAGCCCUCGGCCCAGUCCCCGAACUCACCAGGCCAACUUGUCAGGAAAGGAGACCAAUUUCAGAUCCGAAUUGAAGGCAGUGACGAUAUGGAGUCUUUCGAAGACCUUGUCUCAAUUACAAGUGUGAUUCGUAAUGACUUUCCUGAAUCACUGGCUGUCAAAUUGUCAACCUGUAGCACCGAUGACCCAGAGCGUUCCUCGGAUAAACAGAAACAAAAGAGCUACACCGUCCGAGUUCUGAAGCAAUCAGAAACACAGAAGUCUCUCGAAGCCUCUUCGGGUCACUCUAAGACUUCACGUGGAGAUCUCUCGCAGCUUAUCAGCCCUAUAGCCGGCCAAGUCGUCGAGUUCCUGAUAGAAGAGGGAGAAUCGGUUGCCGAAGGGGAUGCCGUUCUCAUAAUCCGCCAAAUGAAAAUGGAGCUAGAAGUGAGGGCGCAUCGGUCCGGGAUCGUGCGAUCGCUCAUUGAUCUUGACGAAGGAGACAAAAUUGCCGUGGGCACUGCUAUUUGCAGUAUUGCUCCGGCAGACCGGGAGAAACUAUGA